AUGGCUCCUACAACCACUACCAAGACUAAGGCCGUUGAGGACCCUCCCAAGGAGACUCCUCCCAAGAAGCUUUCAGAGAUGGGCGAAGUCAUCGACAAGGCCACUUUCGACCAGAUUCUGGAGAUGGACGACGAUGAAGACAUGGACUUCAGCAAGGGCAUUGUGUAUGGAUUCUUCGAUCAAGCCGAAACCACGUUCGAGAAGAUGGACAAGGCUUUAGAGGACAAGGACCUAGAUGAGCUUUCUUCGCUUGGACAUUUCCUAAAAGGAUCGUCAGCGACUCUGGGUUUGAAGAAGGUCAAAGAUCACUGCGAAAAGAUCCAGCAUUACGGUGCUGGUAAAGAUGAGACCGGCACUGUCGACGAACCCGAUGAGGAGAAGUCGCUGAAGCACAUCAAGGAAACCCUGGUUGAAGUCAAGAAGGACUAUAAAGAAGUAGAGAAGUUUCUCCGCAGCUAUUACGGCGAGACGAAGUCGCCCGAGGUCACCUCGCCCUCCUCUAAAUAG